AUGGAUCCUCACCGUUUCCAUGAAGCCUCUCCACUGCAACAUUCUCCAUCCACGACUUUGGCGCCUUAUAUUUCUGAUUUUUCUCAAGCUCAACAAGCUCAUAAUUCAAGCAGUCAUCUUAAUACCAGUAGCAGUAUCAACAGUAUUUUAGGUGGAGGUCGUUCUCCAUCAGGAGGUCGUUCUCCAUCAGGUAUUCCUCUUUCUUCUUCCAUUCGAUAUGUCUCUGCAACAACAGGUGGAACAUUAACGGGAGCAUCUACCAACAGUACAAAUGGAGCUUGCUCAAUUCUUUUACAAGGAAACAACAGCGGAAAUGUUUCAAAGACAUCUUCAAUGCAAUUUCCUCCGUUAACAUCAGCUAGUGACAUUCAUAUGCCAUUUAAUCUUCCAACUCCAACAUUCUUGAGCACUCCUAAUACACUCUUUUCAAACUCGUCAUCAUUUACUGGCUCAGUAUCUGGCUCAAAUGUCGAUAAUGGAGUGUCAAAUGAGCCUCUUCCUUCAAUUGUCACUGCUGAGGACUCAAUACCAUACCGCAACCAACCACCUCCUCCAGUGCAACCUCCUCUCAAUUCAACGUUCGCAACUGAUCAACACCAUCCUCCUUUUGACCACCAAACAUCACAUCCUCAACCUCAACAAACUCUACCACCUCUUCAGCAACAAGGUUCUGUGUACACCAAAUCACCCUCAAUUCCUUCGUCUUCUUCACUGCAUGUCAUUAAACCUUUGAAUUCACCUGCAUCCUCAUAUCAUAGUCAAAGCAACGAUUCUGGAAACAAUGUCAAUGAAGCAAAAGAAAAACCACGUAUUGUUACUAUACCUGACACUUCUUCAGCAACAGGAUCCUUAACAAUAGACACUGACGGAUUGUUAAUGAUAGAAGAAGGCUUCGAUUUACCUCCACCAAAUCCACAACCAGGAGGAAAACAAAAUAAGAAACCCCUUCCAAGACAUAUCAUCAGUAUUAGAACAUCUGGUAUUCCUAGAUAUCAAUUUUACUCGAUGAAGGUUUCUCUAUUAGGUUAUAAAACUAAGCAAAAGGAAGUACUUAAAGAUAUUGUCGAACCUGUACUAUUAUCAAAGAGCAAGGUAAAUUUGAGAGGAGACUCAAAGCGUGUUGACCUUCAUUUCGACAAUAUAAUUAUUGAUGAGGCUUCUCAUAUGAACGGCAGAAAGUUCUUCCUUAGAUUUACACUACUUUCUCCUGACAAGUUACCUGUAUCUUAUGUGGAUUCUUCAUAUUUUGAAACAAUCACUGAUCGAGGAAACCAAAAGCGUCAACAAAAGAUUGAUCAUAGCCGAAGCAAGAUUUCAAAAGUAUUGAAGGUCAGCCCAAGGUAUAGCAUUGUUCAAGGUGGGCAAUUGGUAAAGGUAUUAAUCAAUCAGCAAAUUGUAGCUCCUAACAAUGUCUAUGUGUACUUUGGAGAUAAGCGAGCUCGAUGUGUCUAUGUUUCUCCAAACAAGGAUAACACUAUUGUUUGUGAAACACCUGAUGGAAAUGCGGAUGAAGAAGUUGAGGUAAAAGUUUCUUUGGAUAAGGGAAAACUUUUAUGGCUACUGACGCUACACUGA